CGCGUAAUUUGCAUAGUGCUUUGAUGAUACGCAGCUAACACGCCAAUGUGGAGAUCGUGGCCCGGCGGGUGUGUGUGCUGCCAACGUGGGAUUCAUGUAAUAUGUACUUCACUCCAUCAUUGGCACGGCUGUUGUCGAUGUUAUAUAGAGCUCAUCGAACCGCUCUUCCAGACCCGAACAUCGACGUGACUGCUUUUCUGUAGCUUUCGGCUGGGCUCAUCACAGCUUUCUCUCUAUAUACCUUACACGCGCAAACUCCGUUGACGUCCUCAUCGACAACAGCACUACAUACGCUCAUCAUGGGUUUGGCCCUCAAGCGUCCUGAUGACGCCGUCGGGAAGACAUGGCCUGCAAUUGCUAUCGGAAUGUUCGUCGCCUUUGGCGGCGUCCUCUACGGCUAUGACACCGGGACCAUCUCCGGCAUCCUAGUAAUGCCGUACUGGGUACAAUCCUUCAAGUCGCCUGGGCAAGACAGAAUUACACCCUCAGAGGACUCCUUGAUCGUCUCGAUUCUGUCGGCCGGAACAUUCUUCGGCGCGUUACUCGCGGCUCCCACGGCGGAUAUCCUCGGUCGCAAGUAUGGCCUCAUGGCAUCGGCAGCAAUCGUGUUCAACCUCGGAGUUAUAUUGCAGGUCGCGUCGACGACUCAGCCUCUCUUCAUUGCCGGUCGAUUCUUCGCUGGGCUCGGUGUUGGUUUGAUCUCGGCCAUCGUACCCCUCUAUCAAUCCGAGACGGCACCUAAAUGGAUCCGUGGAACGAUUGUCGGAGCUUACCAAUGGGCCAUCACCAUCGGUCUCUUCCUCGCGGCAAUCGUCAACUACGGGACCGGACAACGUAAUGAUUCCGGCAGCUAUCGUAUCCCCGUCGCCAUUCAAUUCGCAUGGAGUCUGAUCAUCGUCGUCGGUCUCAUCUUCUUGCCCGAGACGCCUCGUUAUCUCAUCAAGCGGAACAGGCCUGAACAGGCUGCCAAAGCGUUAAGCGUACUACGACGAAUCCCGGCAGAUGACCCUGGCAUCAAACACGAAUUGAGCGAGAUCCAGGCCAACCACAAUUACGAGUUGACGUUGGGCAAGGCGACGUAUCUUGACUGUCUCAAGGGCACGAUCGGCAAACGACUUUUGACCGGAUGUCUGUUGCAAGGCCUCCAACAACUUACUGGUGUUAACUUCAUCUUCUACUACGGCACCCAGUACUUCCAAAACGCCGGAUUCGCCCAAGGCGGAUUCACCAUCCAAGUCAUCACAAACACCGUCAACGUCGUCUCCACAAUCCCAGGCCUCUACCUCGUCGAGAAACUCGGCCGCCGCAACCUGCUCCUUCUCGGCGCCGUCGGCAUGGCUGUCUGUCAAUUCAUCGUCGCCAUCACGGGCACCGUCGCCGCGUCGACCAAUCUCGAUGCGCAACGUGCCGCGAUCGCCUUCGUCUGCUUUUAUAUUUACUUUUUCGCCUCGAGUUGGGGACCCGUGGCGUGGGUCGUGACGGGCGAGCUUUUCCCACUCAAGGUCCGCGCGAAAUGCCUCUCGAUAACCACUGCGACGAACUGGUUGCUGAAUUUCGCCAUCGCCUACGCGACGCCCUACAUGGUCAACGCCGACGCCGCCAACCUCCAGAGCAAAGUCUUUUUCAUCUGGGGCUCUUUCUGUUUCAUCUGCAUCCUCUUCGUCUACUUCAUGAUCUACGAGACUAAAGGUCUCUCCCUUGAGGAAGUCGACGAACUCUACGAACGCGUCCAGAAGGCUUGGAAGAGCCAGGGGUUUGUCCCGCAGGUCCGGUUCCAGGAAUUGGAUACUACGAGGAGGAAGAGUUUGACGGAAUUUGUCGAGGAGAGGAGGCGGAGUGUUGAGGGGACUGAGAAUGUCGGUGGUGGGAAGGUUUGAAGAGGGAAGGUGGACUUGAGAUAUCUUGGAGAUAGUUCUGAGGAUGAUAUGAGAUCUCGGUAACAUUUCCGUACUUCUUUUCCUCCGACACAAUUUACGUUUCCGAGACGAUAUACACGAAGCUUCUAUCCCAUCCGCUCGCCAAACAAUCCGUUUCAAGUCCUGCCACAUGCUACUACCUCCCACUUCACCGGCCCAUCGUAUCCCGCAUAAGUGACGUGAUCGCCAGUGUUCCCCGGGUUGAACGCCGCAGUCACACAAUCGCCGCUCUCCGACUGAUCCGAGCGCAUGGGACAGACGUACGUCGUGCUGGCGCUCGGAUGGUUUCCAUUGCUGGGGUUGUCGAGUUCCCAGACUUCGGUGCCGUGGUGUUGGUAAAUGUCGUUGGGCGUUUGGUUGAUGCCGUAGGCGUUGGAGACGGGAGGGGAGCGGGGGAUGGAGUC